GAGGUGGUGUUUGGCACCAAAGCUGACGCAGCAGAAGGUCAGCACAGUCAUGAAUUCAUGAGCUUGCUUGAAGAGACACUAGCUACAGACAUGCUGAGACCGUUUCAAGUUAACGUGGGUAAAUUCCUAAACUUGGAUAGAGACAUCCUACCUACAGCAAAGGUGUCUGAGCUAUGUGCGGUGGUAGAGGCUGUGAGUGGUGAGGACGCUAGUAGUCAGGUGUUGCUAGCGUCUGAUGGACGACAGAUGAACCCCUCAGAGCACAUCGGAGCUUACGCAAUCACAGAAAGCCAACCAGUGUAUGUGUUCUAUCGGAGUCACCUGAUGUCACCUGAUCCUCCUCUCGUCCCCACCAUCCUACCCCAUCGAGGAGAGCUGCAACAACACCUUGAGCUAUUGAAGCUGAAACCAUCACCAGCACUCUUCAAGAGACAAGUGGCUCUGGCAAAGAGGCUGAGUGAGUAUUCUGCUCUGGUGGGCCGUGUCUGUGGUCAGCUGGCGGAGGAGUACCAACUACAAGUCAGCGGCUGGAGGACUGUUCUCAGCAACUGCACCUCCAUCAUCAAGAUGUACCAGAAACACAAGACACUGUUCACGAAGUCAGUGGAAGGAUUUAACCAGGCCAAACCCCAAUUCUGGACAUUGCUACAAGAGUUCCCAUCUCACUUGAAGCUACUGCAACAGUUACCUGUUCCCAGUGCACUAUCUAAGGAAGCCACACCCACUUCUCUGUACGACUGGAUCAGUACACAUGAUGAGAAGAAUAGUUUACAAGACCUGGGAGCAGAGUGUCAACGUUCCCUCUCCAAGGUUGACAGUGACCGGAUUGACUCAACUCUCAAAUCAUCAGAACUGAUUCUCUCUGGUGCUGACUCGCUGCUUGUUCAAGAAGAUGAGUUGACUGAGAAGAUAGCUCACCUCCGAUCACUGGCUGAGGAUGCCACAGUCAAAGUCGACACCCAGAUGAGACUUUCUCAGAAUAUCCUAUCUACGAGUGAGAGAGCCCUACGUAGUGGAGAUGCUGGCACCAUUGCUGACCUAGUCCUCAGUCAUCACAAGUCCCUCGAACUAAUGGCCAGCUAUUGUCAACAGUUAGAAGCAUCCGGACGAGAGAUGGAAAGAAGCAAGAUCGCUCUCACUAGGCACAUUCAUACCAAGCUCAAGGAAGUCACUCAGCUACAGAAGAGAGUUGCUGACAGUAACAAUCAACUGUUGAUGUUUCAUGAACAUGUCAAGUUAGCUAAGAAGAGGUUUGAGAUUCUAGAGCAAGUGUGUACUGCACCUGACAUCCUUGGAAAUGUCCUGUCUGAAGUGGAGAGAAGGCGAUACUACAACUCUUCUCUUGAGAAGAAAACUGGAGAGGUGAGUCAGCUCCUGAGAAGGGCCAGAGAAGAGGAGAAGCUAUUGAGACGGAGCUUUGCGGGGAACUAUGGUCAACACUUCAUCCUCACACUCUUCCCUGAGCUACAAGACAGGGUCCCUAAUAUAACAGUACACCUCCCGGAGUCGUUGCUGAAGUCUUCACUAUCAGCUGACAAAGACCUGGAGAAUAUCAGACAUCUCCUCCCUGAGAAUGCAAGAUCGUCGACCAUGGACCUGAACUGUACUUCCAUCAAGCUACUGUCCACUCCUCUAGUCAUGAGUGACAUGGAACUGAAUGCUACAGAGCUGAGCUUACAAAUAGACUCAACUGAUUCGCCACUCUCCAUUAGCAAAGUUACCACAGCCGAGACUGAUACUCAAACAGAUGAACAACUUGGGGGGGAUGAUAAGCAAAAAUUGCACGAGCAAUUGGAAUCCAUUACUCACAAAAUUCACUUAAAUAGAGAGCAGUAUACGACAGAAAAAGAGCAAUUUGAAACAUCUCUUUAUGAAGAACGUAUCAAGAGCACUCAGUUAUCUGUACAAGUCGAACAACUCCAGAAUGAUAAAGAACAGUUACAGCUGGUGAUUGAGCAGCUUCAGAAGGAAAGAGAACAAUUCAUCAAUAGUGAGAGUACCAAAUGUACACAGUUACAAUUACAAAUGGAGGAACUAAAUAAGGAGAAGGAAGAGUUGUUGAAACGUCUCAAUACUCAACAGAUUAAAACCACUCAACUGUUUACUCAAGUAGAGCAACUGAACGAGGAAGCGGAAAGUUUAAGAAGUUUGAUCAAAGAACAUCAAGUUCUCAUGGCAGAUAAAGAAAAUAAUUUGUUGCAAGUUGAAACUGAAAACAGGCGCUUGCAAUCUAGUAAUGAGGAACUUAAAGUUACGUCUGAUGAUCUAUCUCAUCAAUUAGAUGAGUGUAAGCUUGAAAUAUCCACCCAGAAGACUAUCGUUGGUCAGCAAGAGGUGGCCAUAGAGCAAUACCAGAGAGAAAAAGAAGAACUUAAGAAAUGUGUUGACGAAGGUAUAGCUACUAAGAACAAUCUGCUCACACAAUUAAACAAUGUUCAAGUUGAUCAAUCUACAGCUACUGAAAAGUUUGAGCUUGAACAGACAAGAGCAAAAGAAAGGGUUGAAAUGCUGAAUGAGCAACUUAAAAAACUUAGAGGAGAACUAGAAGAAUCAAAAGCUGAAAAAGAUAUGCUCAUAGUACAAGCUAAUCAAGUUCAAGAUCUGGCAAAUGUGUCUAAGAGACUUAAUGAGAAAGAGCUAGAGUUAAAUCAUGCAACUGAACAAUAUGAAGAUAAAACGAAAAUGCUCCAACAGAAAUACGAUAAAUUGGAAUCAGAGUUACUGCAACUUAAAGAGACAAGUGCAGCAGAAAAACAACUGCAGGAAAGUAGAUAUCAACAAGCACAGGUAGCUAUUAACAGUCUCAAGUCUCAGCUAGAUAAAGCACAGCAACAAGUUAGAAAUGCUGAAAGCAAAGAAAAAGAAAGCAAAGAAAAACUAACAGUAAUUGAAGGCAAAAUUGCCUCAACUAAUAAUGUAGCACUGCAGUUACAGACAAGUGAAAGACAUAAGAAAGAAGCACUAAAGAUAAUGGAAAACAAGCUUUCAGAAUGUGAAAGAGAGAGGAAAGAGUUUAAAAAACGUGCUGAAGAGGCAAAAAAGAAGAUAACAGUUUGUGAAAAUGACUUGAAGCAAUCUCGAAAUGAGAGAGACAAAGUAUUGAGUGAGUCUAAAGAAAAGCAAGCAAAAUGUUACGAAGAAAUAGAAGUCCUAAAAGCGAAGUGCAUUGACAUAAGUACUGAAAGAGAUAUUCAUAUGAAACAUGCAAUGGAGGCGGAAAGAGAACUGAAAGAGCACAAGAGAGAUAUGGGACUCAGUCCUCCUGCAUCGUUGGAUCCAAGUGAAUCACCGUCAGUACCAUUCAAACCUUUCCCACCACCUGCUUCUUCCUCUAAGGUUGUCAUGACAGUAUCUAUUGGAACGCUGCAAGUUGGUGACACAGCACUGUUUGUGAAUGACCCCUUUGGAAACUAUCUUGCAUUGACAUUGGAUGACAAGACCUACUACCUCAACCAGAGCUCAGUGGGAGAACUGGACGAUCUUGCACUGAAAAACCCAAGAUUAAACCUGCCAAGAAAAAUUCUCUGCGGGAAGCUCACUAACAGGGUACUUGUGGAGGUUAGGAAGGAGAGUAACCGGCUUCACGUCCCUGUGGGAGAGAGACUGUAUAAAGUUGAUGCCGAGAGCCACAAACUUAAUGAAUUACUUUAGCAUUAAUAAUUUGUUGUUGUGUUUUCUUUAUUGAAUUGUAAUGAAAUUUUGUUUGGAGCCCCACCCCCAAACAAGUUGCAAUUUAUCACGUGAUUUG